ACAGACACAACAGACAGAAAAAUAUAAAAUAAAAUUGGCUGUAGUUCAGCCAAAAUGAGACAGUUUAUUUUGAAUAGGAUACCAAGCUCAAUUUACUACAGCAGAAGUUGGUCUCAUCGAACUUCGAAGAAAUGCAUCACGACUUUGUCACCCGCUUCCUACGAUCAAGGAAUCUUCGACGAACCGAAAGUAACUUCAAGACCUGGCAAAGAACGAGAAAAUCUAAAUAUCGGCCUUGGCGUGGAUGGAAAGAGACAAGUAAAGAUUGGUGCUUACAUACCUCUGGCAGCUGUGUCGUAUACUGGUGUUAAACAUUUCUCUACAAUGGCAGUACUGCAGAGCAGUGACCCUUGCGGACCUAAAAAGAACGAUCCUUGCGGACCUAAAAAGAACGAUCCUUGUGGACCGAAAAAGGAACCAGCAAAAGACCCAUGCGGCCCUAAGAAAGACCCAUGCGCGCCUAAGAAAGACCCAUGUGCGCCUAAGAAAGAACCUGCGAAAGACCCGUGUGGGCCCAAAAAAGACCCAUGUGCGCCUAAGAAAGACCCAUGUGGGCCUAAGAAAGAUGCACCUAAAGACCCAUGCGGGCCUAAGAAGGAAGCCCCAAAAGACCCUUGCAAGAAAGUGUGCUCUGAUGUUAGAGAUGAUGACUGCUGCCCCCCUUGUCCCCCUUGCCCAGGGGAGAAGGGUAAAGGGGAAGGCCCCCCGAAGAGCGCCACGGCGGGCGCUACAGGGCAGAUUAUUGCAGUGAUUGGCGCAGUCGUUGAUGUCCAAUUCGACAAGGACCUCCCUCCCAUUUUGAAUGCUUUAGAGGUACCUGGCCGCACACCCCGCCUAAUCCUCGAAGUAGCCCAGCACCUCGGCGAGAGCUCGUGCCGCACCAUCGCCAUGGACGGCACGGAGGGGCUGGUGCGCGGGCAGCAGGUCGUGGACUCGGGCGCGCCCAUCACCAUCCCGGUGGGGCAGCCCACGCUGGGCCGGAUCAUGAACGUGAUCGGGGAGCCUAUUGACGAGCGCGGCCCCAUAGAGACCUCAGAGUUCGCGCCCAUCCACGCGGACGCGCCCCCCUUCGUGGACAUGUCGGUGGAGCAGGAGAUCCUCGCCACCGGGAUCAAGGUGGUGGACCUGCUGGCUCCCUAUGUCAAGGGCGGUAAGAUAGGUCUGUUUGGCGGCGCGGGCGUCGGUAAAACAGUGCUCAUCAUGGAACUCAUCAACAACGUGGCGAAGGCUCACGGAGGAUUCUCUGUGUUUGCCGGGGUGGGGGAGCGGACGCGCGAGGGGAACGAUCUGUACAACGAAAUGAAGGUGGGGGGCGUCAUCACGGACGAUUAUAAAACUUCGAAGGUGGCGCUAGUAUACGGGCAGAUGAACGAGCCUCCGGGCGCGCGGGCGCGCGUGGCUCUCACCGGGCUGACGGUGGCGGAACACUUCCGAGACAAGGAGGGGCAGGACGUGCUGCUGUUUAUAGAUAACAUCUUCCGGUUCACGCAGGCGGGGUCUGAGGUGUCAGCGCUGCUAGGCCGCAUCCCCUCGGCCGUGGGCUACCAGCCGACCCUCGCCACCGACAUGGGCACCAUGCAGGAGCGCAUCACCACCACCAAGACUGGCUCUAUUACUAGUGUGCAGGCAGUAUACGUGCCAGCAGACGACCUGACCGACCCGGCGCCCGCCACCACGUUCGCCCACCUCGACGCCACCACGGUGCUGUCGCGAGCCAUCGCCGAGCUGGGCAUCUACCCGGCCGUGGACCCGCUGGACUCCACCUCCAGGGUCAUGGAUCCUAAUAUAAUAGGACCAGAGCACUAUGGGGUGGCGCGCGGGGUGCAGAAGAUCUUGCAGGACUACAAGUCGCUGCAGGACAUCAUCGCGAUCCUCGGCAUGGACGAGCUGUCAGAGGACGACAAGCUGACGGUCGCGCGCGCCCGCAAGAUACAGCGGUUCUUGUCGCAGCCCUUCCAGGUGGCUGAAGUGUUCACGGGUCACGUGGGUAAGCUGGUAACUUUGGAAGAGACCAUCAAGGGAUUUAAUAGGAUCCUGGCUGGGGAACUGGACCACAUCCCAGAGGCGGCGUUCUACAUGGUGGGCACCAUCGAGGAUGUCAUCGAGAAGGCCAAGUCUUUGGCGCAGAAUAUUUGAAGAGUAACUUAUCUGGCCCAUCAUCCACAAAGCACUAUUCUGAAUAUGAUACAUCUGAUAUUUUCAGCACAGGGCCAAGCAUUCCAAAGAUACCAACGUCUCUAGACAGGUGAUUGCUGAGUAAGGUUACUUACAUAGAGAAUCGGGUUCCCUGUAUCUACCUGUACCGGUAACCUGAUUAUGCGAAAGCGCUCAUGGCAUAAAAAAAUCCGGGAAAUGCUCCGACAGUGAGCGCUUUCGCAUAAUCAGGUUACCGGUACAGGUAGAUACAGGGUACCCGAUUCUCUAUGUAAGCACCCUAAGGCCGAGGACAGUUUUGUGGCGCUCCUUGGGAGUCCUAUGUCCAGCAGAGGGCGAUUAUUGACUGAUUGUGAAUUCUGCUGUCAUGGAGUCAGAUAAGUUGGUUGCGCUGUAAGCCUGUUUGAACUAAGUAAAGCUAAAACUGUUGUACCCUGCGGACCAUUAUUUAUAGCCAGUGUAGAUGCAGUGUAUUUUGUGAUGUUUGAAUACUGUUAUGAGUUAAUAAAUUGUUAUUUAUUUAUUGAA